AUGUCCGCCUCCUUCCAGCAGGCCCAGCAGGACGGUCUCUGUCUGCGCUACCCGGAGAGUCUGCCCAGCCAGCGCGAGCUCACGUAUGACAAUGCCAUCAAUCUCCUUGUCCGCGCUGCCCACAUGGCCACCACUGUUCCCUUUGCCUGGAGCUACAUAGACAAGCCUGCAGACGGCACCCUUCUCCUCCUCUUUCUCCCACCCAACUCGCCCUUUCCCAACGAUGGCAUCCGCUACCAGGAGCCAGAGGUCAAGUACACCCUCCCCACCGCACAGCGCGUGAGCUCUCUUCCCCAUCAGCCCCUAGAAAUCCCGCUCACCCCCACCCAGGAAGUCGAAGUACACGAGAUCAAAUGCGGAUUCAUCCCAAACUCCCAAGACACAUCCGCCUCCCGCGUCCGCCGCCGCUACCGUCUCCUCAAAACCACAGGCCACCAGCUCGUCCUCGUCCACUACACACGCGGCCCAGCCACACCAAUCCCUCCUGCCCUCAUGUCCCAGCCCGUCCGUGCGUACCCGCUCAUGCCCGUCAACGAACCACCCGUGUACGUCCUCGGCGAAAAGACUGGGCAAAAAGUCUAUCCCGGCGGAGUUGGUCCUGUCGGCGGCGGCAGCAGUAGCGUCGGUGUAGGUAUGGGAGGGAAUCCCAUGCACCCAGGCAACCCAGUCCAAGGCGGUCUCCCUCCCUCCGCCAUGGGCAUGGCCGUCGGCGGCAUGUCCUUCACCCAGCAGCAAGCCGCGCUCCUCGCGCAGCAGAACAGCACCAUGGAGUCGCUCGAACGCCGCCGCGAGCGCGAGCGCGCUGCUGCUGCCGCUGCCGCUGUAGCCCAGAGGCCCGGGCCUGACCCUGCAGUUGCUCGCCCUCCACAGCAGCGUGUCGUCGAAGACGAAGAUUCAGGAGACGAAAUGGACUUGUUCCCGACGCGCACGCUCGCGAUGGCCCGGUACAAGCGCAACCACGACUGGAUGAACGAUGUAUUCAAUCAAGCCGCCUUCGGAAACGUGAUACAAACUGACCCAAAAGUACGACCCUACUCUAUCUUCUCCCAAUCCGACAUCGACGAAAAGACGGCAAAACUACAAGCUGAAGUAGAAGCACUCCAAGCAAAAUCGGCACAGCGCAGAGCGGAGUAUAUCAGGUCGAUGCAAUCGUCCAUCCAGGAACACACGGAUAUGAACAUGGUCGGUGAUACCGUUCCAGUCUAA